AUGGAGGGCAAGGAUAUUUUUAAAAUACUUCUUGAAAUCUCAAUGGUGAUUGGCCCUGUCUUGGGAUAUUUUGAUCAAAUAGCAAAAUUUAGAGCUCGCAAAUCUAGCCUUGGAUAUUCCUUAGAUACUACAGGUGUUUUAUUAGUUUGCAAGCUUGGUAAAAAAUUUGAUAUAGUAUUAUUGUAUCAAAGUAUUUUAAUGAUUAUUGUUCAACUCAUUCUUUUACAUCAAUGCUUGUUAUAUCAAUAUCCAAUUCCACCAACAUCGAAUCGAAGAUGGUUUUGGAAUUGGUAUCAGUACAGAUCAUAUAUAAUAUUUUUAUUAUCAUUAACCGGAAUUUUAGGGAUUUUUUAUUUUUUAUUUGAUAAAGAUGGUGUAUUCAUAGAAAUAUUGGGAUAUUUGUCACUUGGCAUUGAAAGCACAGUUCCAAUGCCUCAAGCAUUAGUAAAUUUUAAAUACAAAUCUGUCUCGGGAUUCAGUCGCUGGAUUCUUGUAACCUGGUUUAUUGGAGAUUCAUUUAAAACAUUCUAUUAUAUUUUUACAACAGCACCUAUUCAAUUCAUUAUUUGCGGCAUUAUACAAUUAUCAGUUGAUGGCGUAAUAGUGUUACAAUUCGUAAUUUAUGGAAAUAAUAGAAUUAAUGAAUUAAUAUUUGGUCAAAAUAAUAACAAUUACGGCUAUUCAAGAUUAGCAGACGAUCGUCGCACUCUAAGUUAUAAUUCAUUAGAUGAAAUAAUUUAA